AUGGCAAUCAAAAAGCGUCUAUCCCAAAAGCUUUCACUUCCAAUCAAUCAGAUAGCUUUGCGAUUAGAUGCUAAAGGAAAGAAUUUGAAUGAUGACUUAAUUGUGCAAGACCUCAAUUUGCCUUCGAAAGGUGCUCACUUAUAUAUUCGAGUUCUUGGGCCACAAAUCAGAUGGAAAACGGUUUUUCUUCUUGAAUAUCUUGGCCCGCUUCUGAUUUAUCCGAUUUUCUGUUUGAGGCCAAUUGAAAUCUAUGGACCAGGUGAUUCUCACGACGCAUCUCGGUAUUCCAUGUCUAACGGAGUAAAAUUUGCGUUGGUUUGUUGGACAUUUCAUUAUGCAAAACGUUUAUUGGAAACUCAAUUUGUUCAUCGGUUCAGCAAUGCAACAAUGCCUUUACGGAAUAUAUUCAAAAACUGUGGUUACUAUUGGACGUUUGCAGCAUUUGUCAGUUAUUUUAUCAAUCAUCCGCUAUAUACUCCACCAUAUUUUGGUUUCGUACAGAUUGCCAUAGGGCUUAUUGGUUUCGUCAUUUGCGAAUUCGGUGUGUUUAUACCAUGCGUUUUGCUUGUUGCUACUAGUUGUGAAAGUAAUCUAUCGACUCAUCUGCUUUUGAGAAACUUACGCCCUCCUGGUACUAAAGUUCGCAAAAUUCCAAUGCCAAAUGCCAACCCGAUGACACUAAUGUUCAACUUCCACUCAUUUUUACCUUUGCGGGAUUUUACCAAAUGGCCAUAUGGGCAAAAGACUAUGGUAGCUCAAGCUCUUCAAGCAGUUGUGUUAUGUGGUGGAUUAGGUAGUCGAAUGACAAGUUUGACAGAUCAUAUUUCGAAAUGUAUGCUUCCAAUCGCUGGUAUUCCCAUGUUUUGGUAUCCACUCAACUUUUUGCAAAGGAACUCGAUAGGGGAGGUUAUCAUGGUUGUGGCCGAAAGGUUGCUGGAUGAAAUCAAGCAACUUUUGUCCAGUUCCGCCUUGCCACCAUUGACUGAUUUACAGAUUGAAUUUGUUAAAUUGAGCAGUGCUGCAGAGCACUGGGGUACAGCAGAUGUGCUAAGAUUCAUAAAUAGCCGAAUUAAGAAAGAUUUCAUUGUUGUUAGUGGUGACUUUGUUUCCGAUAUGAACUUAGCUCCUAUGCUAUCGCUACACGCUUCUGAAAAUGCCGCUUUAACAUGUUUAUUAUGCGAUCGGGUUAUCACUGGACCAGUUCCUGGACCUAAAAUGAAACUCUCAAAAGGCACUAAUUUUCAACGCGAUUUUAUUGUUCUUUCUGGAAAUAAUCAGUUGUUGUUCAAUGGUUCGGAAGAAGACUAUGACGAGACGGUUCUUGUGAAUGUUGAUGUGCUUGAUAAGUGUCGGAUUGCUUAUUUCACUGCUAAAUACAAUGACUGCCAUUUAUAUAUUAUGAAAAAAUGCAUUUUAAACAUUAUCGAAAAACAUAGGGAAUUAAACUCACUGAAGGCUGAUCUUAUACCAUAUAUUCUGGAAAAGCAGAAUGCGAAAGAGGACUACGGCAUUUUUGGUACUACUGCUAUAAAAAGCCUUCAAAAUCCGUUGAAAUGUUUUGCGUAUUUGUUAUCACCAGAGAACGGCUUUAUUGUUGGACAUGUGAACACUAUCGGAGCUUACUUUGAAAUUAAUAAGGCAAUCAUUCGCUUCUUAUCGAGGUUUUCCGAAAAAAUUCCAGUCGGACAUGCAAUAAUAGAUGAUAAUUAUACUGCAACCAUCUCUGAUUGUUAUGUUGGUUCUACCACCCACCUUUUACAGCAAAGUGCUGAUGAAACAUAUGCUGCUCGUUCAGAGAGACCAAUUAUCAAGCGCUCCGUGAUCGGUGAGAAAUGUGUUCUUGGACCAAGAAGUAAAAUUGUCGGUUCUUUGCUGAUGGACAGAUGUCAAAUUGGUGCGGGGGCACAAAUAAUCAAUUCAAUCAUCUGCACAGAUGCUGAGAUCGGUGAAAAUACUUAUAUAUCUUCAUCGAUUGUGGUCUGCCGACAGAUAGUUUCUGCAAAAGCAAUAAAAAACGAAUCUGCUUGUUGUAAAACUGGCGCUUAUUUUCUUGCAGCGCGAGUGCACAAUGAACUAAUUGAGCCUAAUGAUGAAGUAGAGCUUGAGAAAUGGACCCAAGAACAGUGA